AUGUUUUUCUCGUUCCCAGAUCCAUGUCUGUAUAUAAUACGUUUCGCGUCCCAGCUGCAGUUCGAGGAGAAGCAGCAUGAGGUGAGCAUGACGGCCUUGAGGCUGGUGCAGAGGAUGAAGAGGGACUCCAUACACUCGGGGAGACGACCCUCGGGCGUCUGUGGGGCUGCCCUCCUAAUAGCUGCUCGACUGCACGACUUCUCACGAACACCAACUGACGUGGUCCGUAUCGUGAAGAUUCAUGAAACAACGCUUAGGAAACGGCUCUUGGAGUUUGGGGAGACUCCGUCCAGCGCCCUCACUUUAGACGAGUUUAUGACAGUUGACCUUGAAGAGGAACAGGACCCACCAGCCUUUAAAAUAGCCAGGAGGAGGGACAAAGACAGGCUGCAGAAGUUAAUGGAAGAGGAAGAUGGCGAACGUGAACUCACAGAGCUGCAAAGAGAAAUAGACGCUCAGUUAGAUAAAGACAAGAAGAGACGAAAACCCACAAAGAUAGUCCCGCCUAUACUGUCGCCAUCCGCUGACGAUGAUACAUCAGAAGACGCUGAAGCGACUAGAUUCGCGACAGAAGAUACGUUGUCACUUAUAGGUGAUAUAGCGAGGGACGUGCAGCCAACUAGCGAGGCUGGUAAUAAUGAGAAACUUAAACUGGAAAAAGGACUUGGUCCAGAGAUAGCCUUUAUGGGUCUGAAUCCACCCGAAGAAAAAGAAAAAUCGAAACCGGAGUCCAAGCAGUUUACGAAGGACCUGCAAGCGGAUGAACUACAUCUGGAUGAUGAUGAUGAACAGUACCUUGACUCACUGAUCAUGACCGAAGAAGAGGCUCGACAUAAGAUUCUGCUAUGGCAUAACAUUAACGCUGGAUAUUUGAAGGAACAGAAAAUUAAAGAAGAAAUACGCGCCAAAGAACGGGAAGAGGGCAAAGACAAAAAGAAGAAAACACGUGGAUCAUACAAGAAAAAGGUGGCCAUUACUGGAGCGACCGCCGGCGAGGCUGUGGGGAAGAUGUUGGCGGAAAAAAAGAUGAGCUCCAAAAUUAAUUACGACAUAUUGAAGAGUCUGGAUCAUCCUGGGUCGCCCAGUGUACAGCCGGCGAAUGUUGUGAAGCCUGUAGAGGAAACUAGUACAAUCCAACCGCCAAUAAUCGAGACGGUGCCACAAUCGCCGGUGCCGAAGAAGCGGAAACGGAAGGAGAAAACAGCACCUUCUCCUGCUACAGUUUCUACGAGGCCCUCACCGGGAGAAGCCCUCCCCUCUCCCGCGCAACCUCUUCCCUCCCCCGCGGACCCCUUGCCCUCCCCCGCGGACCCCUUGCCCUCCCCUGCACCAGAAACACCAGUACAGAAUGCAGAUGAUUAUGAAGAUGACUUUGAGGAACCGGUCGACAGUCGAGAGAUGUCGCUAGCGGCGCUCCUACAGAAUGGAAACGAUGACGAAUACUAUGACUACGAAGAAUAUUAA